ACUCGUCAUCUCUCGCCGUCACGACACGACCCGUCAUUCUCGCCGUUUGACGAAAAAGAGUGGCUACAUAACUUGUUUCCAAGUGACGUAGUCAUCUGUCAUCCAUUCGUACACUCGCUCGAACAAUGGCCGAACAAUAUAUCUUCGAUGUUCGCCGCGCCGCCGUUCAACCGACACUCUCGAUUCCCCGGCUCCCCAGUACCGCUAGUGGUACUCUUGGAACGCAGUUAGCCUACUUCAUGCUAUUGUGGGUUGGUCACCCCGGUGAUUCGCUGGUUGUCGUCGACGAGACGGGGAACGAAAAUCUAGAAGUCACUCUCCAGGCUCGCGGCCGCAACAACAACUCUUCCCUACGCUUCAUCCGAGCCGUCUUUCAGGAAUUUCGGGAGACCCUCGGCGGACGCUUCAUGGGCUCAGAGGUCUUUCGGACCGAAGAUGCGGAAUUGCUUGUUGACGUCAUCGAAGUCACCCUCAAGUCGGACGACGACGUCAUCCCCUUACGUACGGCGUUCUGUCAUCUGGAUCAAUUCUACGAGGUUGUCGAUAUACGCCGAUUGACCGGCAACCGGUUUCGGGUGACUAAGAAAUACCGGCAAUACGGGGACAAAGAGCCCAACGGGAACCUUGCCGGGAUGAUCGCCGUGCAUGCCGAGAGCCACGCCGACGUCGUUGAUACCGUCAACAGGUGGAUCCAAGAGCAGAUCCACCCUUACAUCGGGUAUCGACAACAAGGUUAUCCGGCGAGUACCCACUUGCAGGGCGUAGCGACGACAGGCCCUGAUGCCGUAACGAUCGUCAGUGAUCGGCGGCGGGUCAGGGACGGCGUGUCGGUGAUCUUCGCAUCGGGUACGGCGAGCGGAAUGGAAGCCCUGAGGAUCGCCGUCGGCGGGAGUGUCUCGGCUGUUUCUGUUGAGGUGAAGGUUGUCAGCCAACACCACCGGUACAAAGACAACUACCGCAAAUCUCGGGUGGUACCUCGCCUGUCGAUCGUCACUGGAGGUCUUGCCUGCCACGCACCAGCCACGGUCGAUCCACCUUCCUCGCCGCCGAGCCAGUGGUCAUUGGCCGCCGAUGAUGACGAGUUGGACGUGGGCGACUCGGAAGAGGAGGAAGAGCCCCAAGCCGGAGGUUGGCAACGAGAGGUAACCCCCGCGCCCGGCUAUGUCCCUUUGCCGGAGAUGAAGGGGUUCCAGCAUGUUCGCCUCCCCGAUGGUCGAAUCGCCUGGUUGGCCCCGCCUCGUCCCCGUUCCCCUGCCGCCGAUCCUGUACCUCUCCCCGCCAGCACCCCUCCACCACCUCCUCCCGGCACCCCCCCACCACCUCCUCCCGGCACCCCUCCACCACCCGCCCCUCGCUGGAGGACGGCUCGAGCAGCGCAGGACGACGAAGACGACACUACCGUCGCUUGUAGUCUUGACCCGACCCAUUAG